UCUUGCGUGGACAUAGAAGAAGCGAGAUGUCAGAGAUUACAGGAACAUAUCGUAUUGUUUCAGAAGAGGAACAGUCCCUCCGUGCCAAGCUAGAGCGUCUGACAACCAAAGACCAUGGACCUGUGUUUGGCAAAUGUGAAAAGCUGCCAGAGCACACAGUGCAGAAGGCUAAAGAUGAAUUAAAUGAGACAGAUGAGAAGCGAGAUUCAGCUGUAAAGGAACUUCGAGACAUAGUGCAGGAGAAAGCUAACACUGGAGACGACCUCUGCAAGACAGUUGCAGAGAAGGUGGUCGGGAUGGAUAAUAGCUUUUUUCUGCGUUUCAUUCGGGCCCGCAAAUUUGAAGUAAAUCGAGCCUAUGACCUUCUGAAAGGCUAUGUACAUUUCCGACAGCAAUACCCCGAGCUGUUUGAGAACCUGACAUCGGAGGCUGUGAGAAGCACCAUAGAGGCUGGUUACCCUGGAAUUUUAACCAGCAGAGAUAAGAAUGGCAGAGUGAUCCUACUUUUUAAUAUUGAGAACUGGGAUUACGAGGAGAUCACAUUUGAUGAGAUCCUCCGUGCAUACUGCAUUAUUCUGGAGAACCUUUUAGAAAAUGAGGAAACCCAGAUCAAUGGCUUCUGCAUUAUCGAGAAUUUCAAAGGAUUCACAAUGCAACAAGCAUCUGGUAUUAAACCUUACGAACUGAAAAAAAUGGUGGACAUGUUACAGGACUCUUUCCCAGCAAGAUUUAAGGCCGUUCACUUCAUAUACCAGCCAUGGUACUUUACCACCACUUACAAUGUUGUAAAGCCUUUUCUAAAGAGUAAACUACUUGAGAGGGUUUUUGUGCACGGGGAGGACCUUGAGACUUUCUAUAAGGAAAUCGAUGCUGACAUCCUGCCGAAUGACUUUGGAGGAAACUUGCCAAAAUAUGAUGGCCGAAUAAUUGCAGAGAAGCUCUUUGGCCCAAGAAAUGAAUCCGAGGACACAGCUCUUUAGAGAAAAUUAUACAAUUCUAAUUAUAAGUCUAUAUUAAAAAGUUAGUAUAAAUGCUGAAAAUCCAUUACAUCUCCUAGUUCUGUUAGCGAUAAUAAAUCUUCAAAUAAACACUGCAAAAGAUCACCGCACAUAUGGUAUAUAAGAUAUCCAUGUCAUUAUCAUAUCCUCCUAUAGUCAUCGUUCAUCCCUUACUAAAAGUUUUAAAGGAUGAUACAAUCUGCAUAAUUAUCAGAUUAUUUUACAGAGGUUAUGGAACGUUUAUGGCACGCCACAUAUGUCUGAUCAUUGGGGGUCUGACUGUAAGGACCAAACUAGCAAGGAUCCCAUGAUCCCAGGUGAAGCUGGUGUUCUUCCACAUAAAUCUAUGUGAUGGAAUAAUCUUUCCUCCUACUUCUGCCUGGCUUCCAGAACCCCACAUUCUGCCGAUCAUCUGGUCUUAUCCCCAAUAAUAAGACAUUUGUGGCAUAUCUGAUGGAAUAUGAAAAGGUACCUACUGUAAGUACCUUGUAUAGGUUAUAGAAAUGUACACAACUUCCAAUAUCUGAUAGCAGUUUACUGCUGAGAUAAUACAUAAAGAGCUUACCAAUAAUGACGGGCUAUAAAGUUCACAUACCCUGUAUAUAUUCUGAUAUAGCACUGAGAAGAAAAUCCAUAAUCUUACAUAUCAGAAAAUAUGUAAAUGUGAACUUGCAAUAUGAAGAUGUUAUUUGUGUAUUACAUAUACAUUUAUAUACGGAAAAAGAUAUGGACUAUGUGAAGGAUUUAACGGGAAUUUCUUUUUUAAGGAUUUGUUCCAUUACAAUAACUUAUCCCCUAUCCUCAGGAUAAGGGAUAAAUAUCUGAUUGGCGGGAGGUCUGACCUUUGAUUGUGAGAAUGUUGGCCCUUUAUUCCUCCCCUUUGAAUGGAGCGGUGGACACAUAUGCUUCUCCAUUUAACAAUAUGUAGCUGCCACAAGAAGCGGAGCGCUUGUCCCCAGCUAUAGUCCUAGAGCUGAAUGGAGCAGCGGACAUAUUUUGUGGAUAGGGGAUAGGUUGUAAUGGAGUAGCCCCUCUAAGUCAACUACCUUAGUGGUGUAUUUGUGCCAUGCUGAGAAGGAGUGUAGCUGUGAAGGAGGGGCAGAUAUUUGAAGGUGGGGCAUAUACCCUAGGUGUUGGGUGCCAACAAGUUACACUGGCUUGGGAGGGUAGCUAGACACAAGAUUAGGGCAACAAGCUAUAUCUUUACUCCAGAAGAAGAAAAUCGUAGCGAAGACCAUGAUUUUGACUAGUAUUAUGUGUGACUUAAACAGCAGAUAUAAUGAGCUCCAGCCUUCUUUAUAUCAAAGCCUUGCGAGUGCCUUUAAUGCACAUCUGAGACAAUAGAUGUACCACUUGGCUUUUGAAAUGACCGGGACAGGUUUGCCGAGGUUCUGCAGUCAUCUGUUUCACGUAAAGUAAUCUAAAGGAGAGACACAGCAGCUGUGACAUAUAAUGGUUUCAAUCUCAUAGCCUAGCUUGUAAUCUUAAUGCCUUCCAUGCACAUCCAUACUGUAGCAGAUAGUACAUUCUGGUUUCUAUUAAGAACUUCAGGAUAAUUAGCAGUGAUGGUAAGUGCUGGGUGUUUCUUAAGAUGGAUGACAUUGUUUUUACAAAAUGAGUCCGGCCAAUCAGGCGGUUGUUCUGCAGUUUACAUAGACAAGUGCUUACAUCAGCCUUUAUUACAAGUACGUGUCUGAUAUUAAUGACCAGUAACCUCACCCGAUGAUGUCAUCAGACACUGGAAUUCUAACUCAACUUCUCAACAAUUAGACAUUUAUAGUGAGGUCCAGGAUGAG